AGAUAAUGUGAAGCUUUAACAAUUUACUUUGUUUCUCUCUUUUCUUCCUUUCUUUCUCUUCCUUCCUUCCUCCCUUCUUUCUUUUUCAUUUUGUUCUUCCAUCAGGUGCAGUCAGUCUACAAUUUUUGUAUGUAUUUGAUAAUACACAAAUAUUAAACAUGCCUUUAUUUAAUCAUAUUUAUUGAUCACGUACUUUGUGCCUGAUGUUCAUCUAGCCACUGGAGUUUUAUCAAUGAACAAGACGAACGAAUUCCCUGUCCCCAUGUUGUUUCUCCUCAGGUGGGGAGAGGGACAAGAAAAAAAAUAAAUUCAAUGCUAUGAAGAUAAUAGAGCAAAGCACUGAGGAAUGAGGGAAAAGUGGGUUGCAAUACUAGACAGGGCGAGCAGUUGGAGACUCCUUAAAUUCUCAAAACAUGUACCUAAGUCAUUUAUGCUGAGAGAUUCAUAAAUAAUAAGUCAAUUUUUGAAAAAAAGAGCCCCAUAUGUUCAAUAAUCGGUAGACUACUGAUUUCUCCUAGUCUAACUAUUUGUAAUUUCCCCAAUGGUAGAUAGAACUUUGCUUCAUUUCUUGAUUCUAACAGUUGGAAACCAUGUUUCUUUAGAAGACCAUGAAAUUUUACUAAAAUGUGUUUGUGUUGUUAGAAAUAUACUUGGACAUCUUACAGUGCUUGUUAGAGGAAAAUUUUGUAAGAACACAAGUUAUACAGAGAUUCUUGCUGUCUAAGUAAUCCAGUGCUCCUUGAAGCAGCAUGACAAGUGUCUGUUCUACUAUCAUGCAUUAAAACUCAUUGAUUGACUACUCAAGAUUUCUCUGAUUUUUCAUAACUCUUGCUAGUUAAAGUAGCUUCUUCCGAAUUCCAGUUCUAAGGAAAAACGCCAAUUAGAAAUGAGGGAGAGACUGUUCUAAACAAAUCAGUAGAUGCUAGAAAGGAGUAACAACUUGAAACCUGACCCAGAAUGUAAAAAGAGAAAAUUAAUCAUUAACAAACACAGCCAUUUUCAAAAGCAAAGCAAUCUGAAUCCAUUUGGAGUUUUUUAUAAUGGCCUGACUACGUUUCAGUUCACUGUGACAGGGCUAUUGUUAUCACAGAGAUUGAUGAUCAGUAUCAGUAAGUAAUCAGUGGAAGGUUUCACCUAUUUAAGAUUAUUAGCACACAUAUAUGCAUUUGAGAAAUAUUUCCCAAGAACGUAGGCUCCUUCCUCAGCACUGCGUCCCCAGGAUCCUGAUGAGUGGCUGACACAGGACAAGUGCUCAAUUAAUAAAUAUUGACUAAACGAAUGAGUAACCCUUAAAAGUGGUCAUUUUUCCUCUUCGAAUGUUUUGCUACUUCAUUAAAGUUGUAACGUUUCUGUAGUCCAGGAACUGUUACUACCUGGAUGAUUCAGGACAGAAAAAUCUCUUUUGUACUUUCCAAUACACUUUCAAUGACAUCUCAUUUAAUCCAACUCUUCGAAGUCCUAAUGUCUACUGUCACCUCCUUAGCAUAUUUUCAGCAACACCAAUCAUAGCACCCUGUAAUUGCAGAAUACCUCUGGGGAAACUCCUGAAUGAAACUUAGAGCUUUUGCGUUUUUUCCAGAAAUCUUUUGUCCAAGUCCUCCAGUUAUUCCUAAUGGGAGACACACAGGAAAACUUCUGGAAGUCUUUCCCUUUGGAAAAGCUGUAACUUACACAUGUGACCCUCACCCAGACAGAGGGAUGACCUUCGACCUCAUUGGAGAGAGCACCAUCCGCUGCACAAGUGACCCUCAAGGGAAUGGGGUUUGGAGCAGCCCUUCCCCUCGCUGUGGAAUUCUGGGUCACUGUAAAGCCCCGGAUCAUUUUCCGUUUGCUAAGUUGAAAACCCAAACCAAUGCAUAUGACUUUCCCAUUGGGACAUCUUUAAAGUACGAAUGCCGUCCUGAGUACUACGGGAGGCCGUUCUCUAUCACAUGUCUAGAUAACCUGGUGUGGUCAAGUCCCAAAGAUGUCUGUAAACGUAAAUCAUGUAAAACUCCUCCAGAUCCAGUGAAUGGCAUGGUGCACGUGAUCACAGACAUCCAGGUUGGAUCCAGAAUCAACUAUUCUUGUACUACAGGGCACCGACUCAUUGGUCACUCAUCUGCUGAAUGUGUCAUCUCAGGCAAUACUGCCCAUUGGAGCACGAAGCCGCCAAUUUGUCAACGAAUUCCUUGUGGGCUACCCCCAGCCAUUGCCAAUGGAGAUUUCAUUAGCACCAACAGAGAGUAUUUUCACUACGGAUCUGUGGUGACCUACCGCUGCAAUCUUGGAAGCGGAAGGAAAAAGCUGUUUGAUCUCGUGGGUGAGCCCUCCAUAUACUGCACCAGCAAAGAUGACCAAGUGGGCAUCUGGAGCGGCCCGGCCCCUCAGUGCAUUAUACCUAACAAAUGUACGCCUCCAAAUGUGGAAAAUGGAAUAUUGGUAUCUGUCAACAGAAGCUUAUUUUCCUUAAAUGAAGUUGUGGAGUUUAGGUGUCAGCCUGGCUUUGUCAUGAAAGGACCCCGCCGUGUGCAAUGCCAGGCCCUGAACAAAUGGGAGCCAGAGUUACCAAGCUGCUCCAGGGGUGAGUCUAACUGAGGCCUAGAAGGUCCCUGCAAAUGACAUGCAUUGCUGUUGGAUCAGGAGAU